AUGAAUACGGCAUUAGGAGUGCUAACAUUCGUGUUUUUCUUGUUGUCUUUGAGCAAAUCCCAGGAUUAUGACGAUGAAAAACCUGCUGCUCCACCACCAGAAGUAGAAAGCUGCAAUGGGAUUUUCUUGUCCUAUGACUUCAACUCUCGGACUAAAUUAUAUCCUCGCGUGAAGAAUGCGACGGCGCAAGCCUGGGCAUUCAAUGCCACCGCAACGAUAUUGAACACUGGCACGCUCGAGCUCAAAGCAUGGAAGAUGUUUAUCGGGUUUCAACACGAUGAGAUUCUUGUUGGUGCUGGUGGAGCGGUUCUAAUAGAUGGGGAUGAUUUCCCGGCUCCUGUUGGGAAUGGGAGUUAUUUUUCAGGGUCUCCGCUGGCGGAUUUGAAGACCGCCAUUGACACCGCCGGAGAUCUUACCCAAAUUCAGGUGCAAAUUCAGAUAAGUGGCACUCAGUUUGGGGUGAAGCCGCCUGGGAUUCCAAUGCCUAAAACAAUCCGGCUUGUCAAUGAUGGAUACAUGUGCCCAACACCGCGUCGUCGUGAGAAAUCUAUACAUGUUUGCUGUGUUAGGAAUCCGAAAUUCAAGGCAGCCAAAACUACCAAAACCAAGUUCUUACCACGGCAGAAGGGAGAUCUUACCAUCGCCUAUGAUGUGAUUCAAGCCUAUGAAAACAAUUAUCUAGCUCAGGUGACUAUGGAGAACAAGAGCCCUUUAGGGCGUCUUGACCAUUGGAACUUGACCUGGGAGUGGAUGAGGGGGGAGUUUAUAUCCACAAUGAGAGGAGCUUACACACGCAAGAUAGAAUAUGCAGAAUGCAUUUAUGGGGUGGCCGGAAAAUACUAUGGGAGCAUGGAUUUCUCCAUGGUCAUGAAUUGUCAAAAGAGGCCGGUGAUCGCCGACUUGCCCCUCGAGAAAGCUAACGACACGAAAGUUGGGAAGUUGCCAUUCUGCUGCAGAAAUGGUAGUCUUUUACCACCCAUCAUGGAUCCAAGCAAAUCCAAGUCUAUUUUUCAAUUGCAGGUGUUUAAAAUUCCACCUGAUUUGAACCGGACCGCUCUUUAUCCGCCGGAGAAAUGGAAAAUCACCGGCGUUCUUAAUCCGGACUAUAAAUGCGGACCUCCGAUUAGAGUGGAUCCGACCGAAUUUCCAGACCCCAGUGGGCUUGAAGCAAUAAGCACAGCAAUUGCAACAUGGCAAAUAGUCUGCAACAUCACACGACCAACAAAAAGAAACUCUAGGUGCUGUGUUUCCUUCUCUGCCUAUUACAAUAACUCUGUUAUACCCUGCAACACAUGUGCCUGCGGCUGCGGCGACGACGACGACAAGUGCAAUCCUACCGCCCCGGCUAUGUUUCUUCCUGCAGAAGCUCUUCUUGUACCCUUCCAGAACAGGAUACAGAAGGCCAUAGCUUGGGCGAAAAUAAAGCAUUUGCACAUCCCUAAGCCAUUGCCUUGUGGUGACAAUUGUGGUGUCAGCAUAAAUUGGCAUGUCAACUCUGAUUACAAGAGUGGGUGGACGGCGCGGAUCACUCUGUUCAAUUGGGAAGAAAUGAUUUUUGAGAAUUGGUUCACUGCAAUUCAAAUGAAGAAAGCUUAUCGAGGCUAUGAAAAUGUAUACUCCUUCAAUGGGACGUUGAUUCCAGGGCUCAACAACACCAUCUUCUUUCAAGGUUUAAAGGGGUUGAAUUUUUUGGUGGGGGAGACAAAUGGAACAAACCCUAGAAAUGAUCCGAGAGUGCCUGGAAAGCAACAAUCUGUCGUCUCCUUUACAAAAGGGAAAACUCCAGGUAUCAAAAUAGCAAAAGGAGAUGGGUUUCCUUCGAGGGUGUUCUUCAAUGGGGAGGAGUGCUCGCUUCCGACACAAUUUCCUAUAGGAAAUGGGAAUCGAUGUCAUGUACAUUUGGUGGAAGUAAUUCUUCUUAUACUCGUCACCUUGUUGCUGUUGCAAACUCACCAUUGA